AUGGAAAACUCUGUUCAGGAAAAAAUGGACAGUUCAAGUUCCACUAUUGAAUUCAAAGUUCCAGCACCUGUAAACACAAAACCACCAGAGUCGAUACCUCCAGUUCCUUAUGAAAAACCCGAUUGGAGUGAUAUAUCAAAAAUUGAUUAUGGUUUUGAGGUUAUAAAGGGUGGGCUUAGCGUGGAAACAAUAGAUCUUUCAUCUAAAGAAUUUUUGGUUCUUGGACGAUUGCCGGUGUGUGAUUUAUCAAUGGAACAUCCUUCAAUUUCUAGAUAUCAUGCUAUAAUUCAAUUUAAUAAUAAAGGCGAUAUUUUUAUAUACGACUUAGAUAGUGCACAUGGAACUAGAGUAAACAAACAACGAAUAUCAUCACGGAAUUAUAUUCGACUUCGUGUUGGUGAUCAGAUAAAGUUUGGCGAAAGUACACGAACAUAUGUUUUGUUGGGUCCAGAAGAAGAACAGACACAACAGACGAUUAAACCUCCACCAAAGCCAACACUUGAAACUACAGGCGUUACUUGGGGUUUUGCAGAAGACGCCGAUGAUGAAGGCGAGCCUUUGGUAGCUGUAGCAAAAGAAUCUUGGAAACGCGACGAAAAUGCUUAUUAUUAUAAAGAUCCAAAAAAAGCAUUAAGAAAUUGGCUUGAGAAUCGGGGUUAUGAUAUGGAGUUUGAAAGUGAACAAGAAGGGCCAGGUCAUGCACGAACUUUUACUUCUCGCAUUCAAUUGCCUGAUGUUGAAGAUGCAUAUGGUCCUGUUUAUGGUAUAGGAACUGGAUCAAAGAAACGAGAUGCAGAUAGGCAAGCAGCAAUUGAUGCUUGUGAAAAAUUGGAUAUGUUAGGCCUUUUGCGCGGAGGGCAAGAAGAAGCUGGAAAAAAAAGACUUCAGCAUUUGUUAGAUGUUGAAGAUGACGAUGACGAUAGCUUUUAUGAUCGAACUGGUCAAAAAGACAGAUUAAAAUCAAAAAAACCUCAGAUGCAAAAAGUUGAGACCUAUGAAUCUUUAAUAAAACAACGAGAAGAGCUCAUGAUUAAUAUUGAAGAAAUACGAAAUAAGAUACAUAAGGCUGCUGAAUCUGAAACAUCAAAAACCAUAACUCUUACCGAUGAUGAUUUGGAUAGUUACAUGGAUAUAAUUAGAAACGAAAUUAAAGAUGAAUCUACUGCUAAUUUAGAGACAAAACUACAAGACUUGUUAAAGCAAGAACAACGUCUUGCCCGACUUAUCGAAAUUACAAAACCUCCCGAUAUUAUGCAACAUGAUAAUAGUUCAUCAGCUGUAAAAAAUUUACAGCCUAUCAACGAUGAACAAGAAUUAUCAAAUGUUAAAGAAAAUUUGGAAUCCGUACAGACAAAAAGUAUCGAAAUAUCACCAAUAAUAGAUUCAGAAAUACAAGAACCAACAGUCUCCCCACAAUUAAUAGAGUCAACUGACCCUGAAAAAUCAGAUGAAGGAGUGACGUCGAUGAUUCCUAAGAAAAGAGAAAUUUCCCAAGAAGAUUUGGCUAUUGAUAGUGAAAAAGGAAAAAAAAUUAAAGCGUUGAUACCAAUGACACCACAUGAAUAUGAAGAACAACAAAGAAAGGCUCAAGAAUUGAAUGAGCUCGAAAUUGAAGAUGUAACAAUUUGGGAACCACCUCAGGGACAAACAGGCGAUGGUCGAACAUCAUUAAAUGACAAAUACGGUUAUUGA